AUGGCUGAGACGAAGUCCGACAUCCACCUCUACACGGCCCAGACGCCCAACGGCAUCAAGAUCUCGAUGCUGCUGGAAGAGCUGGGCCUGCCGUACAAGGUCACGGCCAUCGACCUCCAGAAGAACACGCAAAAGGAACCAUGGUUCCUCGAGAUCAACCCCAACGGCCGCAUCCCCGCGUUGACCGACACUUUCACCGACGGCUCAACCAUCCGCCUGUUUGAGAGCGGCUCCAUCAUGCAGUACCUCGUGGACCGCUACGACACGGAGCACAAGGUGUCGUACCCGCGGGGCUCGCGCGAGUACUGGGAGGUGAACAACUGGCUGUUUUGGCAGAUGGGCGGCUUGGGGCCGAUGCAAGGCCAAGCAAACCACUUCACCCGAUACGCGCCCGAGAAGAUCCAGUACGGCAUCAACCGGUACCAGAACGAGACGCGCCGGCUGUACCGCGUCAUGGAGACGCAGCUGAGCAAGUCCAAGUCGGGCUACCUGGUCGGAGACCGGCUAACCAUCGCCGACCUUGCCUGCUGGGGCUGGGUCGCCUCUGCCUACUGGGCGGGCAUCCCGCUCCACGAGUUCCCGCACCUGAAUGCUUGGGUCGACAGGAUCGUGGCCCGCCCAGCGUGCGAGAAGGGCAGGCAUGUGCCGAAGCCGCACACGGCUCUGGAAAACAGGAACAAGACGCAGGAGGAGCUGGACAAGGCUGCCGCGGAGACGAGGGCCUGGGUGCAGCAGAGCAUGGCUGAGGAUGCGAAGAAAUGA